UGCGCGCGCGUGUUUGUGUGUGUGUAGGAGUCAGCCUGGUGUAUCACACCCCUGUGUGUGUGUGUGUGUGUGCGCGUGUGUGUAGGAGCCAGCCCAGGCUCAGCAGGGAGGACGACCUCGAUAAAAAAGGACUUGGGAGAGAAGAGAUGAGCUAAGCCAAGUAGGGUGGGAGAAGAGGAAGGCAAAGCCCCAAGAUGGGCAGGCACAGGAUGUAAAAGUGUCCCUGACCUGGACAUUGUGAUACAGACCAGGAGUAAGAUGCUUAAGUACUUAACGUGUGGAACAGGGCCACACAUUUGUGGCUAGCGCUACAUAGGUGACAAUGCAUUUGGACAGAGAAUCGUCUUUGCAACAAAUGGUUUUGGAACAAUGAGAAGUCUACAGCAAAUAAAUGGAAACUCCACUAUUAUCCAGAUACAAAAACAAUGGUUCAUAAACCUAAAUGUAAAACAUAGAUUUUUUUAUAAUGAAAUUUUUUAUAAUGAAACGUGAAGGUUUUGUGACUGAGUUGAUUGCAAAAUAGUUGUAGUUUUACAUUUCCACCAUCAAGAUGCAGUGAGCUGGGCCCCAGGACGCCCCAGCCACCCUGACACACCACCCAACAUCUAUGAGGGAGGGCUGGGGGCCCAGCAGCAGCAGGGCCCCGGUGCCCAGGGAAGCAAGCCCAAGAACUUCCGAUUGCGUCACCUCCGGAGCCUUGCUCUCUACCUGCCAGGCCACAUGCAGCCUGCUGGUCAAUGUGGAAGCCACUGGCUAGGCCGGCUCAUGGCUGGGGGCAGCCUGCCACGGCCUGAAGGCUCAGCCUGGCCCCUGGCCCUGCCACAGGGGACCCUGGGUCCAGGUAACAGCCAUUGCUCAACCCUUCUGGAAGCCCAACUGCCCAGGGACAACCUGGGAAAUACAGCUUCCAGUUCCAGCAUGGACCCAGCCAAGGGUGUCCCCUCCCAGUCUGGUCCCCAUGAGGGCUUGGGACUCAGGCCCAAGAGGUCCUGGAGAGCCUUGGAGGAGACCAUGUGUCCCUUGUGCAAGAGAACCCGCUCUGGGGCCUUGGAGAGGACAUAAGGAUCCAAAGUGCCAGGGCUGGGGACGGUAGGGGAAGGAUGGCCGAGGAGGAGGAGGCCAGGUUUACUGAGGAAGGGUUCAGUCCCAGCAGCAGCCCUCCCACUGAGAUGGCCCCCAUAGUUGCCCAGCACCAGACCUGGGCUAGUCUGGGGAAGGUAUGAGGGAGGGAGGAGGAAGUCCCACGGGAGGGACAGAAGAAAUGGAAGCAUGCCUGUGCCCUUGCAGCCUGCCUAAACUCCGGUCAGCCACUUGUACCUGGGAGGCCAGGCCGAGCAGAGAAUCUGGUUCCUGAGAGACCAGGUAGUCCUCAGGUCUAAUCUCAGUAAAAGCCAAGGCCUGCA